AUGGAAGAAACUGAAUUGUUAUUAGAUGACGUUCUUUCGCCAGCUGAAAUUGAACGCUAUCGUGCCGUUUACGAGAAAGCCAAAGAAGCGAAUCAAGUAACCGAUGAAAACAAAUUCUCGUUCGCUUACUGCCUCGUGCGAAGUAAAGCCAAGCCUGAUGUCCGUGCUGGUCUUUCGUUACUUCGAGAAUUAUAUGACGGAACGAAAAGCGACGAGAUUAAACGUGAUUAUAUCUACUACUUAGCUUUCGGCAAUGCUCGAUUGGGUGAAUUCGAAGCAGCAUUGAAGUUUCUCGAUGCAAUUCUUCAUCUCGAACCCGGUAAUCAUCAAGCAAAAAAAUUGAAAGACGAAGUUACACGACGUAUGGAUCGUGACGGAUAUGUUGGCAUGGGCAUUGCUGCAGGUGCAGGUGCAUUACUUAUCGGAGGUCUAACGGCUGCUGCUAUAGCUCUUUUGAAGAAAUGA